AUGAUCGCUGCCACUAAGAAUCAUGAAGAUGGUCAUGAAUUGAGAAAUACACAAGCUUUCUAUGGCCUUAAGAAUAGUAACCAAAAUAGAGUUCGAGUUGAAAAGAAUAUGCAUAUAGAACCUGAUA